AUGAACACAGCUCGGUGCUUGAGGCCAAUUGCCUCGCGAUUCCAACCCACAACGCUCCCUCGCGUCGUGGGGCGCUACUAUUCGAACGCUUCGUACGAGUAUAUCCAGGUUUCCCAGCCCAAGCCUGGCGUUGGUCAAGUUACGCUUAACCGCCCCAAGGCUUUAAACGCCCUGUGCACCCCUCUCAUCAAUGAGCUGAAUCAGGCUCUCGCCGAUUUCAACGCAUCGGACGAUACCUCGGUCAUCAUCCUCACCGGCUCCCAAAAGGCGUUCGCAGCGGGCGCAGACAUCAAGGAAAUGGCGCCGCUCACAUUUUCCGAGGCGUACACCAAAUCCUUUAUCGAGUCGUGGUCGCUGCUGACGACACAGCUGAAGAAGCCGCUCAUCGGCGCGGUGUCGGGCCACGCGCUGGGAGGCGGCUGCGAGCUCGCGAUGAUGUGCGACAUCCUUUACUGCACCGAGGGCGCCAACUUUGGCCAGCCCGAGGUGAAGCUGGGGACGAUUCCCGGGGCGGGAGGAAGCCAGCGCCUGACGAGGGCGGUGGGCAAGUCCAAGGCGAUGGAGCUGAUCCUCACGGGCAAGUCGUUUUCGGGCGCGCUCAUGGAGGAGACGAUGAAGACGGCGGAGACGAUUGCGAGCUACUCGCGCGUGGCUGUCCAGGCGUGCAAGGAGGUGGUCAACAAGAGCCAGGAUCUGGCGCUUCGGGAUGGUGUUGAGUUUGAGAGGCGCGUAUUCCACUCGCUCUUUGGGAGCCAGGAUCAAAAGGUGGGGAUGAAGGCAUUUGCUGAGAAGAAGAAGGCCGAGUGGACGCACUCGUAA